UAAUUGUAGAGCAGUAGGAUAAAAAUGGCGAAAGGGAAGUUAAAAGUUGUUUACCAUCAUAUAUAAAUAGUGAUUAUAAGGGUUGAUACUCUUAUAGUUACUAGUAGACUUGCAUGGAAAUGUUUACAGGAGCAAGACAUAUAAAACAGCUACUGAUUGUAAUAGUUAGUGUCGUUGUUGUACUAUGUGUAUACAAGAAUUGGGUCCAUACAGAGGAGAUAUCCUACACUUAUCAUGAUAAAUCAGGAAGAUUACGACACUUCAACGACAUUGUACCUCACACCACGCACCAGUAUGCAGCUGCGCAGGUGAAUGAAAUUUCACCUCCAGGUGAUAUCCACAGCUUUCAGGAGGUAUGGAAGAAAAUUAAAGAAUUAGCAAAGAAAAUGAAGGUGCUUGAGAAGAGAAUUCCUCAAAGAUAUCCAGAUGUAAAGUACCUGAAUUACAGAUCAAGAAAACGCAUCCUUAUUACAGGUGGCGCAGGAUUUGUUGGCUCUCAUCUUGUGGACAGACUGAUGAUGGCUGGUCAUGAAGUCAUAGUAGCAGAUAACUUCUUUACUGGGCGCAAGCAGAAUGUGGAGCAUUGGAUUGGACAUGAGAACUUUGAAUUGAUUCAUCACGAUAUUGUAAACCCUUUGUAUAUAGAAGUAGAUGAGAUCUACCACCUUGCUAGUCCAGCAUCUCCUCCACAUUACAUGUACAAUCCUGUUAAAACUAUUAAAACCAACACAGUGGGCACAAUAAAUAUGUUAGGUUUGGCCAAGCGUGUGGGAGCAAAGGUGCUGAUUGCCAGCACCUCAGAAGUGUAUGGAGAUCCUGAGGUACAUCCACAGCCUGAGAGUUACUGGGGUCAUGUUAAUCCCAUAGGUCCAAGAGCUUGCUAUGAUGAGGGCAAACGUGUAGCAGAGACUUUAAGUUAUGCUUAUGCUAAACAAGAAAAAGUUGAUGUUAGAGUAGCAAGAAUUUUUAACACAUUUGGUCCAAGAAUGCAUAUGGAUGAUGGUCGCGUUGUAUCAAACUUCAUAUUACAAGCUCUGAAGAAUGAACCAAUUACAAUAUAUGGUCAUGGAAAGCAGACUCGAUCUUUUCAGUACGUUUCUGAUCUUGUGGAUGGGCUGAUUGCACUUAUGGCUUCCAAUUAUACUCUUCCUGUCAAUUUAGGGAAUCCUACUGAGUACACAAUUGAAGAAUUCGCAUCAAUGAUAAAACGACUGGUUGGGAGACCGAGUACAAUCAAGCAAGUGGCAGCUGUCGAGGAUGAUCCUCAGAGAAGAAAGCCUGACAUUUCCCGAGCAAAGAAAUAUCUUGGCUGGGAGCCUAAGGUGCCUCUGAUGGAUGGGCUCCAGAAGACUGUACAUUACUUUGAAGAAGAACUGCAGAGGGCUACACAUGACCAGCGAAAUUUCUACAGACCAGAAGAAAGGACGGUGUCUUCUCUACAAGAUUUAAAGUAGAGACUCAACCUUGUGUUGAAACCUCUUGUGUUCAUGUGCAGUAUAUGGGUUAUAAUAUUGCCGUGUGUAUGUGUGUGAAUAUAGACUGAGUUUGGAUC